CACUGGAGCACAUAAGUUGGAUGGAUGUCGAAUGCGUGAAUGAGUAGGAAUAGCGUGGUCACCCACCCAUACGUCCUGACACCGACGACAAGACCGAUUUCUGUUUCCGUGCACUAUUUCACUCUCAGAAUGCAGGGUUUUCGUCCGAAGCCGUGGCAAUGCCGCUGAUUGCACAGCUGGUGCUUCUCGUUUUGCAACACGAUGAGCCGAUGCAUUAGAGAGUUACUGCCCUCGGUUAAUUAAAUUUGAUGAGGUACAAUUGGGAUUGCGAUUGAAGUCAUUCUUUUAAGACUUUCAUUUAGGGUUUUUGGGUCGACGCCAUGGCUGAUUCCCAGGAAGGCGGACCACCUCUGAAUUCUCAAGCUGAAGCAACAUUACAGCAGCUGCUUGAUCGGCAGCUGUCCACUACAGGGAGGUUGGAGCUCGUCGAUUUUAAAGAAGCUACAGAGAGCAUGCGAUGCAUUGGACAUGCUUCAGGUGGUGUUGCGAGCUUGACUGAGUUUCAGGAGCAUGCAGAGAAGCAACGGCAAGCCGAUGAAAAAGCUUGGGCCUUGCGCGAUCUUUUGCAGUCAAAAGGCUUGUCUGAUUCUGAGAUCAAGAAUCACAUACAAAAGAUCGGAGGAGCGGAGGCUUCUUCUUCGCCAGUGGGUGCUUCGGAUAAGAGCAUUUCUAAGCGCAAGAGGUAUGGUGCUCACCCACGUUACAUGCAAGGGGAAGAAGCUGAACAACAACAAUUGAUGGAUUUGUGUCAAGUAUCAGACAGUGGGGCUGAAAAAUCACACCAAAAGCAUGGACAUGUACCUGGUCCUAGCUCCUUUAUUUCCCGGAGAACAAACGCUGUAUCUGGUGAACCAAUGAUCAUGGGCGGUCGCAAGGCUUUGUUUAAUCUUGACCGGGGUGAGCUGUUUAAAGGAACAACGCCACAGGAGCGGGCACGCUUGUCAGAGGAAGAUGGACCCAGGAGUGUUAACGAUGUCUUCGCAAAUCCAGCUCCGCCUGUCCUUGACAUGUACACAUAUCUUGAACAAAGGCGGCAAGGAUCUUUCUUAUUGAAUGUUGGGCCUUCGCUAUUGGAGGGUUCCGAGCCAUUAGCUUCUGAUUGCUUGCCCCAACAUGAUUCAGAGGGAGAAACUGGGAGAAGUGGAGCGACUGCUACUACCGUGACAGAAGUUCCAGAAGAAGUUAUAAAAGCUAACCGAAUGCCUGAAGGAGAGAUUCGUGGGCUUCCAGGUGGAAAGUUCGCAAAUUAUACAUCUGGCUCUCCAACAAAUACUGUAUAUAUAAAGAAUCUAGCAGCAGACGUAACAGAACCAGAUUUGAUUGGUAUAUUUGGUCGAUUUGAAACCUAUGGGAGGCCGAAGCUGAUAUAUCGUUUGAUGCAACGUGGACGAAUGAAAGGCCAGGCUUUCGUGACCUUUGCUGACGUGGAAACUGCAACGAAGGCCUUGAAGCUGGUACAUGGAUACAUUCUUAAGGCCAAGCCUAUGGUGAUUGAGUUUGCAAGGGGUGUCAAACCACCUCUUUCCGCGUCUGAAGAAGGUGGAGAACCUGCUCCAGCUCGGUCUAGAAGAAGAAAAGCCACAAAUGACAAGCGGGCCUCUUAAGUUCAGAUUUUGCUUGCUGGAAUUAACUCAGUUUAGGAUUUUGAAUUUUCUCCUGUAUAUUGUGUUGCUGUACCUCCCAUGCACUUGACCUUUUCUUCAGGUGUGCCUUUCUUACCUUAAACUCCAAUUGGCCCAAAUAGAAUCAUCAAUUUUGUGCAUCAACAAUCUAUUAAUGAUGAUUAGAAAUAUAACCAAAAUCUUUUCACUUAGAGUAAUAACUACAAACCACAUUUGAUAUGACUAGUCUCAGUAAUUUUCGCCUUUAUGUUCGUAUUCACUAAACUAUUAGGAGUUUUUAAAAUGAGAAAUAAUAAACAUGAAAUAAUGAGUAUUUUGUAGAACUAAUUGCAAUUUAAUUUUGCUGCCAACACUAGAAAGAAAGGUAGAUUUUUGACGAAGUAAAGUCAAUUUUUUGUAUUAAUUGUUAGAAAACAUUACAAAUUAGUUUAUUUAUAUAUUUAUUCAAUGUA